GUUUCUGGACUACGAGACUUCACCUGACUUUCUUCAACAUGGAGGAGAAGAGGAGGACUGGAGUGACAUUUUUCGGGGUAAUUAAUGUCGCCUCCUUCAUUGUGAACUGUUUAAAUUAACUUUACUGUGUUACUGACUUCCAGUAAACACAAAGUCCAGUCCUGCCUGUUUAUAGUUGCUGCAGAUGAUUGAGUGGCUCCUCCUUCAAACAGAGCUGCCUACAUUCUGUUCACGACCCUCACAGGUGACGGUGGCAGGUGGAGGAACAGCUGAGCUGAUCUGUCCAGACAUGUCCUCCACCAUCCUGCUGAUACUCCUACUGUCUGCACACAUUACAGGUCUGAUCUCAGAGCAGCUUCUCAGAGCAGCUGUUGGAGGAUCCGUCCUGAUCCCCUGCUCUCUCCAUGAUAAUCGAACACUCAGCAGCGUUUACUGGCAGGAGGGUGAACAACAUUUCUUUCUGUGGGACAGUGGGAAAAUAAUACAAAUCCCAAACAACAAAUAUGAGAACAGGGCUCAAGUCUUCCAUGAUAAGUUUAGUUCUGGAAAUAUUUCCUUCAGGCUUGACAACAUUUCUCUGGAAGAUGAUCGGAAAACAUUCUUUGCCUACAUUAAAUUCGAUAAGGAGAAGCAAUCUGAAGAACGGUGCAGAUCCACGCUGCAGGUUUCAGAUCCACUGAACCCAACACAACCCGUAUCUACUCCUCCCCCAGAGAAAGGUGAAAACAAGGGGAUUCAUGUGGCUGCAAUAGUUUUACCUUUCCUCUUCCUCCUUGUCCUUGCUGGUGUCUAUUGGUACAGAGGGCAACAUGAGUGAUCUUUGCUGAUUUUCUAUUCUGUUGUUUUAUGUUUCAACAACUUGUGGGACGGGAUGAACUCAAGCACCAAACAGAAACUGUGUGACCUGAUAUGAAUAAACACAACUAGGCUGAAACUGUAAAGUAGAGCUGAGAAUGUUCAGUAAGCAGAAAACAUCUGGUCACUUCAUACCCAAUCUGACGUCGCACAUGGUAUGAAGAGAACUUCAGUCAGCGAUUUUCAAACACAUCCUCUUAUUUCUGGUCUGUAUGGUCUGCAUCCUGACAUAGUGUUGAAGUCAGUCACAAGCUACAGCAGCUACAGCACAAUAUUAUCACUGGUGGUUUCACUUUGCUUUAAUACACUUAUUAUUUCAUUUCAGUCAUGUCAUUUGGUUUAUUUAGACUAACCUUAAUCAAUCCCUGGAUCAAAAAUCAGUUCUACCCUCAUCAUACUAAUACAGCAGCAGGGAACCAUAAAAUAAUUCUUUGAGUUAGCAGAAAUACACUCUUCUGAUAAUUUCAUCAUUAAUCUUCUCUACCCUCAUCACACCGGUCCAGAUCAACCUCAAGCUCAACCUCAAGAUCACGAUCAGGCUCAAGAUCAAGUUCUGGUUCAAGAUCCAGAUCCACCCAACCAACCACUAGUUGU